AGAGAGAGAGAGAGAGAGAGACGGUGGGGUGGGGAUAGAGAGGUUGAAAAAGCAAAGGGAGUCCUCGCUUCAUCCGGGUACCACAGCUCCAUGGUGAUGCGGAGAGCCUGAUGCGUUGGACAGCCAAGCGAAGUAAAGUAAACCUGGGGAGGGUCGCUUGCCUGUGGGAGUAGGAGGUGGCUGGAGGGGUGGGCUUCGCUUCCCCCCCCUUCCUGCUGGAGUUUACAAUGCGUCUUUCACACGCACCACGCCGCGAACGAUGAGACAAGUUCGCCGACGGGGUGCAAGCUGCUCUUGAUUCCCCUGGGAACAGAGUCUCGGCGACGGCGGUACUGGUAACCGUGGCGGGCAUGAAGAAGCCGAGCGCCCCGCUCACCGGGAAAUGGUAGCGUAUUGCGGGCACCGCAUCUGGGCAGGAACAUGGUGGAGAGGAGCAGCAAAUUCUUGUUGAUCGUGGUCGGAUCCGUAUGUUUUAUGCUGAUUCUCUAUCAGUACGUGGCGCCCGGGGUCAUCAAUUUCGGUUCGCCGCACGGCUACUUCGCCGAGGAGGACGAGGGGGACAUCUUCCCCACGCCGGACCCCCACUACGUCAAGAAGUACUUCUUCCCAGUGCGCGACCUGGAGCGGACCGUCGACUUCCAAAUCAAGGGGGAGGACGUGAUCGUGUUCUUACACAUCCAGAAGACAGGCGGGACUACGUUCGGCCGUCACCUAGUGCAGAAUGUCCGCCUGGAGGUGCCGUGCGACUGCCGGCCGGGCCAGAAGAAGUGUACCUGCUACCGACCCAACCGCAAGGAGACCUGGCUCUUCUCGCGCUUCUCCACCGGCUGGAGCUGCGGCUUGCACGCCGACUGGACCGAGCUUACUAACUGCGUGCCGGGCGUUCUCAACAAGAAGGAGAGCAAGCAAAAGAAUCUAAGCAGAAAGUUCUAUUACAUCACGCUACUGAGGGACCCGGUGUCGCGCUACCUCAGCGAGUGGCGGCACGUGCAGCGGGGGGCCACGUGGAAGACCUCGUUGCACAUGUGCGACGGGCGCACGCCAACGCCCGAGGAGCUGCCCUCCUGCUACGACGGCUCCGACUGGUCGGGAUGCACCCUGCAGCAGUUCAUGGACUGUCCCUACAACCUGGCCAACAACCGACAGGUGCGCAUGUUGGCCGACUUGAGUCUGGUGGGCUGCUACAACAUGUCCACCGUGCCCGAAAAGAAGCGAGCGCAGCUCCUCCUGGAGUCGGCCAAGAAGAACCUGCGAGACAUGGCCUUCUUCGGCUUGACGGAGUACCAGCGCAAAACCCAGUUCCUGUUCGAGCGCACCUUCAGACUGCGCUUCAUUCGGCCCUUCAUGCAGUACAACAGCACCCGCGCCGCUGGGGUGGACCUGGACAACACAACGGUGCAGCGUAUCGAGGAGCUUAACGAGCUCGACAUGGAGCUGUACGACUACGCCCGGGACCUGUUCCAGCAGCGCUACCAGUACACCAGGCAGCAAGAGCGCCGGCUGCAGCGCAUCAAGAACCACCUGCAACAGAGCCACCAGGGCCUGGGCCUCAGCCUUUGGCCCUCGGCUCACCGCCACCCCCCGGGAUCCAUCCGAGGUGGUGAGGAGCGGGACGAUGUCGGCGACGAGGAAGAGGGCGGCCGGACGGAGGAGGUGGCUGGGGGCGGCCGCCUCCCCACCGAGGACUACAUGAGCCAGAUCAUCAACCGUUGGUAGCGAUCGAAAUGACGAUCCUCAGACUGCUUUUGCAUUUCGAAUGACCGUUUAAAAGAAAAAAAAAAUACAAAACAAAAAAAAACUGCAGAGAUGGGUUGCGCCGUUGCUAUGGCGACCAUGGACUGGCUGGCUCGGGUUCGCCCAUUUAUUAGCGCUCGCCCGUUACACCCCCCCCCCCCCCACACACACACACACUGAGUUCCUCCGGGUCUCUCGCCGUCAUUAGCGACCGAGGUUUAUUUUUAAACGCGCUGACAUGCAACUUUCUCUUCCUUGAACAUGUGAAUUCAUUGGAUCAGGUGGCAAGGGAUCCGUCUAUUUCCUGGACGGUGUUCUCCAACGCCGCACGGUUCACUCUAAGGACCAUUUAAGCUCAUUGUGUCGCCCCC